AUGGCAGCCCCUACAAGAAGCCUACGACACCUGUCGUCAUUCAGAACCACUGUAUCCCCAGCCUCAACAGCAAUUACCCCCUUCACCCGCCGCACCUAUGCCACAACGGAUUCCCCAUCCGCCACCAGCACACCGGGAACCACACGGCGGCGAGCAACAAAGUUCCAAGACAAACUGAACGCCGGACCCUCCUUCGCAGACUUCGUAUCUGGAGGCCAAGAUGAGGUCCUCGACCCAGCUGAAGCCUACGCCCUCAAGACCGCAAUGGUCGGCCCAGCCGGCCGCAAAAAGGAAAUGACUCGCCUGCCGGAGUGGCUCAAAACCCCCAUCCCAGACUCAAAGAACUACCAACGCCUAAAGAAGGAUCUACGUGGAUUGAACCUACACACCGUCUGCGAGGAAGCCCGUUGCCCCAACAUCUCCGACUGCUGGGGCGGCAGCGACAAAUCCUCCGCCACAGCAACAAUCAUGCUAAUGGGCGACACCUGCACGCGCGGAUGCCGCUUCUGCAGCGUGAAGACCUCCCGCGCUCCUCCCCCGCUCGACCCGCACGAACCCGAGAACACCGCCGAAGCCAUCUCCCGCUGGAGUCUCGGCUACGUGGUGCUGACCAGCGUCGACCGAGACGACCUAGUCGACGGCGGCGCGCGCCACUUCGCCGAAACAGUCAUCAAGAUCAAGCAGAAGAAGCCCAGCAUGCUGGUUGAGUGCCUGACAGGCGACUACCGCGGAGAUCUGGAGAUGGCGGCGUUGGUCGCGCGCUCCGGACUGGAUGUGUAUGCGCACAAUGUCGAGACGGUCGAGGAGCUGACACCUUUCGUGCGUGAUCGCCGCGCUACUUUCCAGCAGUCGAUUCGCGUGCUCGAUGCUGCUAAGAAGGCUAGACCGGACCUUAUUACUAAGACUUCGCUUAUGCUUGGUCUUGGUGAGACGGAUGAGCAGCUCUGGGAUGCUCUCCGCCAGCUCCGCGCUGUUAAUGUUGAUGUUGUGACUUUUGGUCAGUAUAUGCGUCCUACUAAGCGUCAUAUGGCUGUGCACGAGUAUGUCACCCCCGACCGCUUUGAGAUGUGGCGCAAGCGUGCCCUUGAGAUGGGUUUCCUUUACUGUGCUUCUGGUCCCCUUGUGCGCAGCAGUUACAAGGCUGGUGAGGCGUUCAUUGAGAAUGUUCUUAAGAAGCGUCGUUCUGGUUCCGGUGCUGCUGAGGGCACUGUCGAUCAGAGCACUGCUACCGCCGAUGCUACCCACUAA